CUUUCGAUAGACUCAUUGGAUGAACUAGAUGAAUCAAUCCAGUCAUUAAAAUACGACUACUCAAAUUAUACGGCAUGGCUGCGAGGAGAACCUUCUAAUUUCACCCUGUAUGAAGAAAGUGAUAAAAGCAUACUUCUCCGUCAAGCCUUCUUGCAUCCUCCCCUUCAGUUGCCUACUACCCAGACUGCUUACUAUAGCAACUACACUGGAGCAUAUAAAACCAAAUCGGUCCGCUUUUACAACCUUACACAACCUCCGAAUGAGGUUUCAUGGGCUCCUUUGGCAAAUGGUUUGUACAGAGAGAAAAAUCUGACUGCUAUUCAUGCUAGAGCUGGAGAAUGGAAUUGGACCGAGGGAUACAUCGAAUUAGAGCACCCUAAUCCUGAAAGGGGAAUGACGGAAGGGCCUUCUAUUAGCCUAAGGGUUGAAGGUGUUCACAUUCCGUCCAAUGGUACUCUAUUUGCUCUCGUAGAACCUAAGACGUGGUACUCCGAGAGGAUUAAAGACCUCGAGAAGGCCGCUCUGAACGGAGAUACGAGAUUGGGGGAUGACGAGGGCUCCUUCGUUAACUGUUCUUUCUCAUUCCAUGGUCACCUGGAACCUCUGCAUACUCCCCAGAAUAUUGUAGAAGAAUACGAACGCGAAAUGAAGGAGCCCUCCGGAAUACCCAUUCCAAAACUUCCUCGACCCACUUUUGAGGGCAUUUUGAUGAGCGAGGAAUGCGACUCGGCCGUCACGUCUGUCGUCUUUUAUGUCCUCAUUCAACUAUCUCUGCAAGUCAGCGAUCAAUGGCGAACAGCAACAAGCCUUUUACGCGGGUCUAGAGGGCAUCUGAUGGCAGCUGCCGCAACCACGGAAGCACGGUUUGCCGUCUUAGUGCCAGGAUUUCUGGGCUGCGUAUUGUUAGUUACAGAUCUUGUAAGACCCUUUGUUGGUGUAUUCCCAAAGCUCAUAAGGUUUCAGCGACUUUUAACAUAUCUAAAUGGUGUUCAAAUGCUCCUUAAUCAAGCUCAAAUACAGAAUCAACCAAUCACUACGGUGGCGGCCACUACAGCCCCCGCCGAGACAAGGGAAAAUAACAAUAGUGCUCCCGAAUCGAAUGUUAUGUCUCAAGCCGCCCCCACUAGAUCAAGAACCCCCCUCUCCAUUGCAUCAACAAUCGCUCAAUAUCUAACAGCUGACGAUUUUCGAGUUUGGCUAACGACCGUAGGAAUUUUCUCAAUGAUUUGUCUCAUAUUUUUCCGCGUUCCGGUUUAUGGCAUUUGGUUUAUUCUUGUCACCUCGACUUGGUCCGCUCAAACGGCUAAUGACCCUCUAGACCUCUUUGCAUGCCCCGACAACUUGAUAGGAAUUGAACCUGCAGGUGAGAGGCUAUCUAGUUUAAGCCGAGAUAAAUACUCAGCCAACUCAGGAUGGGUCUUCAUUUUGCCUGUCUGGGUGGGUUUGCAAGCUUGCGUGCUGAUUGGACAGGAUUACUUUGGUCCCACCUGGUUCAUCCCUAGCUUGUGGUACAAGGAAGUUUCCUAUGACUAUCAUCCUGAUCUGGCAAAAUCAGAUGAAGAGUCCGUAGAAGCCAAACUUGGGGACUGCUCUAUCUGCAUGGAACGUAUAUCUGCGGAUGAGGGAGAGCUAUCCCAGAGCCAACCUUCAAUACUCGAUUUUGACACUCUAUGUAGCACACCAAGUGUUUGGAACAGUGGUUGGAUAUCAAGAGCAUAUGCCCUCAAUGCCGCAGACCUUUACCGCCGUUGUAGUUCCAGGAACUUAAUUUACAAUACAAUUCAGCCAGAGAGGUGA